UAGGGACGAGUUAGAGCGUCAGCCAUUUGCAGCAUUGCUCAGUUGAGGGAGGGGACAGACGAACGCUGCGAGAACUGCCUGACUUUGCUAAAUCCCACCUGUACUGGAGAAGAUUUGGUGAAAGAAACCAACAGUGGUCCAUCAAAAGGAUUGGAAGGAGAAAUUGCAGUGCUUCUAAAGGAAACCUAGAAAAUAACUGAAAAUGCCAAAGCCAGUCAAUGUUCGAGUUACCACCAUGGAUGCAGAGCUGGAGUUUGCCAUCCAGCCCAACACAACCGGCAAACAGCUCUUCGACCAGGUGGUUAAAACCAUUGGAUUACGUGAAGUGUGGUACUUUGGACUUCAGUAUAUGGACAGCAAAGGGUACAUGACAUGGCUGAAGCUGGAUAAAAAGGUUUCUUCCCAGGACGUGAAGAAGGAAAACCCUCUGCAGUUCAAGUUCCGUGCCAAAUUCUUCCCUGAAGACGUGUCUGAGGAAUUGAUCCAGGACAUCACACAGAAGCUGUUUUUCCUGCAGGUGAAGGAGAGUAUCCUCAGUGAUGAAGUCUACUGCCCACCAGAAACUGCUGUUCUCCUGGGUUCCUAUGCAGUCCAGGCCAAGUUUGGAGACUUCUCAAAGGAAAGUCAUAAAUCUGGAUAUCUGACAUCAGACCGUCUCCUCCCUCAGCGUGUUCUGGAACAGCACAAACUCUCCCGGGAACAGUGGGAGGAGCGCAUACAGGUCUGGCACGAGGAACACCGUGGGAUGCUCAAGGAAGAUGCCAUGCUGGAAUACCUGAAGAUUGCCCAAGACUUGGAGAUGUAUGGUGUGAACUAUUUUGAAAUAAAAAACAAGAAGGGAACAGACCUCUGGCUGGGUGAAGAUGCCCUCGGAGUGAAUAUCUAUGAAAAGGAAGACAAAUUAACUCCAAAGAUUGGUUUCCCCUGGAGUGAAAUUAGGAACAUCUCCUUCAAUGACAAGAAAUUCAUUAUAAAACCUAUUGACAAGAAGGCUCCAGACUUUGUGUUCUAUGCUCCACGCCUGAGGAUCAACAAGCGCAUCCUGCAGCUGUGCAUGGGGAACCACGAGCUGUACAUGCGGCGCAGGAAGCCUGACACCAUCGAGGUGCAGCAGAUGAAGGCACAAGCCCGUGAGGAGAAGCACCAGAGACAGAUGGAGAGAGCACAGCUGGUGAAUGAGAAGAAGAAAAGGGAGACCAUUGAGAAGGAGAAGGAGCAGAUGGAGCGAGAGAAAAGGGAGCUUCAGGUGAGGCUGCACCAGUUUGAAGAGAAGACCAUGAAAGCAGAGAGAGAUUUGCAAGAGCAGAUGAGGAGAGCCAUUCAGCUGGAGGAUGAGAGAAGAAAGGCAGAACAAGAGGCAGCACGCCUGGAGGCUGAUCGCCAGGCUGCUCUGCUUGCCAAGGAGGAACUGGCUAGGCAGGCUGAGGACCAAAUUAAGAGCCAGGAACAGCUGGCUGCAGAGCUGGCAGAAUAUACAGCCAAGAUCGCACUUCUGGAGGAGUCCAAGAAGCGCAAGGAGGAGGAAGCUGACCAGUGGCAGCACAGAGCCAGGGAAGCCCAGGAGGACUUGGUAAGGACCAGAGAGGAGCUGCACAUGGUGAUGACAGCCCCUCCACCACCACCCCCUCCCCCACUGUAUGAGAACAUGGAAGAGAACGAACUGGAGGAUGUUGAGGAGACUAACAGCACCUACAGCGCCGAGCUGCAGUAUGAGAACAUCAAUGACCAUCGCAAGGAGGAGGACCGCAUCACCGAAGCAGAGAAGAACGAGCGUGUCCAGAAGCAGCUCCUGGCUUUGAGUUCAGAGCUGGCCCAGGCCAGAGAUGAUAGUAAGAAGACCCACAAUGACCUGAUCCACACUGAGAAUGUGAGGGUUGGUCGUGACAAAUACAAAACACUGAGGCAGAUCCGGCAAGGCAACACCAAGCAGAGGAUCGACGAGUUUGAGGCUCUGUAAAUCCCUUGCUGCACUGUGGGCUUAUAGGUACAUAUUGCAUUAGAUUCUCUCAAAUGCAGAUCUCCCACCUUUUGACUUUCUGAGUGGUCGCUGUAGGAGCUUCUAGUAUUCUUGUAAAAAAAAAACUAAGCAAAAAUCACUGUAUUCCAGAGGAGUGCUGAUUCAUACAGAGCACAGUUUAAGUUUGGUAAUAACAGGUGUGAAGUUGAUUGAUUGGCACAAUGUGUUUUUAAUUACAACAUUCCAGUGCCAAAACAGAUUU